UUCAGCAAUGUGGGGCAGGGCUUGACAGGUAAGCACAGAGACAUGAUGAUGCAAUAUUGGCAAGAGACGAUUAACUCGAUCGAGCACGACGACCACGACUUCAAGAACCACCAACUUCCACUUGCCCGUAUCAAAAAGGUCAUGAAGACGGAUGAGGACGUACGCAUGAUCAGUGCCGAAGCUCCCAUUCUCUUUGCUAAAGGCUGUGAUGUUUUCAUCACUGAGCUUACAAUGAGAGCUUGGAUCCACGCCGAAGAAAAUAAGAGAAGAACAUUGCAGAAAUCCGAUAUCGCUGCUGCUCUCACCAAAAGUGACAUGUUUGAUUUCUUGAUCGAUGUAGUGCCUCGU